CAACCGCCAAAGAAUGUUAGAAGAAGAAACGAAAAAGCGAAAGCAGAAGAAGAAGACGACGACUGUCGGAAGCUAGCCGUACCGACAAGUUGCUAACCCAUUUAUGAGGCUUGUCAAAGCGUAAUAGUGAGCAGUAAUCCUUAGAAGGAACACGGUUACCGCUGCCAGCAGGUCAUGCAGCGCUGCAAAAGGUAAUGAGCCGUAAAGCCACGGGGUUUCGGCUCAGCGGCGCCCAUAAACUGCGGCCACACUGGAACGACUGGCAGCCCAGAGUUGACGGCGUAUCAUCUGGCCAGGACGAGGUGAAGUCCAGAGUUCUUGGUUCAGGACCGUCGUACGACAUAUUGCCCUCCAGGUGCCCUGACCAGCCAGCGCUGCACAGUGAUGCCUACGCUGCUGCAGAUGCACAUCAGGAGGAGGGUGGAUAUGACGGUCAAGGUGUCCGUGAUACUACAUUUGGUUGGAAGUCGUUGGGGCAAGAGUUGAGGCCCAAUGACGUGACAGAGGAUUCGAACACUUUUCAGCAUGGACAUCGUGCUUUAGCUCCAAAGGAAAUGAGGAAAUCGCAGGACCGAGGGAUUGCUCACUCGGAGGAGACUCGACUUGCCAACCUCCUGCGUCGGGUCUCCAGGGAGGACGAUCGCGACCGGAGGCUGGCCACCCUAAAGCAGCUGAAGGAGUUCAUCAGCCAUGGCGAGAGCAAAGUGACCCUGGUCAAACAGUUGGACACCAUCCUCAGCACCUUGAAUGAUAUUUUGAAUGAGAGCAGUAAGCUCCUGUGGGAGCUGCGUCAGGAAGCGGCGGCCUCCCUGGGCCUCCUCUGCACUGUGCUCAGCUACGAGGCCGAACGAAUCUUCAAGUGGCUGUUUCUCAAGUUCAGCUCCAGCAGUCGCGACGAGGUGAAGCUGCUGUAUCUGGUGGCGGCGCAGCGCGCCCUGGAGGCUGCCGGCGAGAGGAAGGCCUUCUCCCACAUCAUGCAGCUGGUGAUGAGCAACCUGCAGUCCAUCCUGGAGAACGUGGACACGCCGGAGCUCCUGUGUCAGAGUGUGAAAUGCAUUCUCCAGGUGGCCCGCUGCUACCCCCAUGUUUUCAGCACCAACUUCAGAGACACGGUGGACAUUUUGGUGGGCUGGCACAUCGACCACACGCAGAAACAGUCGCUCACUCAGCAGGUUUCAGUUUGGUUACAGAGUCUGGAGCAGUUCUGGGUGGCAGACCUGGCGUUCUCCACCACUCUGCUGGGCCAGUUCUUGGAAGAUAUGGAGGCUUAUGCAGAGGACCUGAGCCACGUUGCCUCGGGGGAAACUCUGGAUGAAGACAUCCCCCCUCCCUCGGUGUCCCUGCCCAAGCUGGCAGCUCUGCUGAGGGUUUUCAGCACCGUAGUCCGCAGCAUCGGAGAGAGGUUCAGCCCUUUGAGAGGCCCGCCUAUCACAGAAGUCUACGUCAAUGAUGUUUUGAGCCGAGUCCUGGGUUGUGUGACGGCGGCAAAGCAGGUGCAAUUCUCCGAGAUGGUCCUCACAGCUGGAAACGAGUGCGUGGGCGUUCUUCUGGCCAGCGUGGAGCCCUGCGGCCAGCUGAUGGAGGCCGUCCUGGCCUAUGGCCUGGAGCAGCUCCGCUGCUGCAAGGGCUGCGGCUCCGACUACAGUCUGGCAGUGCUCAGCCUUCUCACGCUGAUCGUGGACCAGGUAAACACCAAGGUGCCCGUGACCUUUGUAGAGAAAGUGCUGGCGCCAGAGUCUCAGCUGCUGAGCCUUCGCUUCCACCCAGAAAAAGAGGUGAUGUCAGCGGUCCAUGGUGUCUACCAGGCACUGCUGAGCCUCAAAAACAUCCCCACGCUGGAGGCGGCCUACAAAAUGGUUCUGGGCGAGAUGGCGUGCUCCCUGGUCAGCCUAAUGCAGAGCCUGGACCUCCCGGGCGACCUCUGUCCAAACAUCCAGCACCCUGCCUUCGCCUCCCUCACCCCGACUCUGGAAAAAGCCCAGUUCAUCCUCAUCUUCAACCUGAGCACCCUCACCACCAUCGGGAACACCAAGAAUUCCCUCAUAGGGAUGUGGGCGUUGUCUCCCACGGUAUUCGCUCUUCUAAGCCACAAUCUGAUGGUGGUCCACUCUGAGCUGGCGGUCCACUACCCGGCCAUCCAGUACGCUGUGCUCUACUCCCUGUACUCGCACUGCACCAGGCACGACCAUUUUAUCUCAUCCAGCUUGUCGUCCUCGUCGCCCUCUCUGUUUGAUGGAGCCGUUAUUAGCACGGUUACCACAGCAACAAAGAAACAUUUUAGCACACUGCUAAGCCUCCUCGGAGGUCUGCUGUCAAAGGAGCAUCUCUACCCUGAAGCCAGGAAGCUGCUGCUGACGUGGGCUCAGGAAAUAUCCUUGCUGAUGAUGAAGUCGGAGACCUACAGCCCCCUCUUCUCCUUGCCCUCCUUUAGCAAGUUCUGCAGGGGCCUGCUGGACAAUGCUCUGCAUGAAGAUCAGAGUAUCACUCUUCAGGCCUGUCACAGUUUGCAGGUCCUGUCCUCAUCUCUGUCUACUGAACUGCUACAAAGGUGUGUGGAUGUGUGCAGAGUCCAGCUGGUGCACUCAGCAGUGAGGGUCAGGCAGUCCUAUGCCAAACUGCUCAGGGUAAUCCCGUUGGAUGUGGCUUUGAGUAACCACAGCCACUCUGAGAUCAGGGAUAUAUCUCUCGCCAUCCGCCAUCACAUGAGCCGUGCACCGAGCAGCACUUUCCACCCUCAGGAUUUCAGCGACCUCAUCAGUUUCAUCCUGUAUGGAGUCCUGCACCGUGGGGGGAAGGAUCCUUGGCUGGAGCGCCUGUACCACAGCUGCCAGCGGCUGGAUAAGCGGGACGGCCGGGCGGGUGCUGACGGAGGCCGGCCGGAGGUGGUGGCGCGAGCCUUGCUGAAAACGGAGGUGGUGCUGUGGCAGUGGGCGGUGUGGGAGGCGGCCCAGUUUACCGUCUUGUCCAAGCUCCGCACUCCUCUGGGCCGAGCCCAGGACACCUUUCAGACCAUCGAAGGGAUGAUUCGAAGCCUGGCUGCACACAGCAUGAACCCUGAGCAGGAUCUUGGAGCGUGGGCUGGAACCGGGAGCGACGGCGACGGCCACCACUCCAAUCAGCUCCGCCUCACUCUGCUGCUCCAGUACCUGGAAAACCUGGAGAAGCUGAUGUACAACGCCUAUGAAGGCUGUGCUAAUGCUCUCACUGCUCCACCAAAGGGUAUUAAGACAUUCUUCUACACAAACCGUCAGACGUGCCAAGACUGGCUGACGAGGAUCCGUUUGGCCCUGAUGAGAGUCGGCCUCCUGUCCGGCCAGCCCGCAGUGACUGUCCGGCACGGCUUUGACCUGCUCACAGAGUUUAAGAACAGCAGCACCCAGGCUCCAGAGUUAGAAGUUCCCCUGGCGUUGUUGGUGGAGGCUCUGUGCGAGCUGCGCUGUCCCGAGGCCAUCCAGGGCCUGGCCGCCUGGAGCCUCCUCAGCACGGGCAAAAGCCUGGGCUGGCUGUCAUCUGUAGCCCUUCAGGCCGAGGGACGGUUUGAGAAGGCAGCUCUGGAGUAUCAAGACCAGCUGUCUGCGGUCACUGGGAUGGACUGCAGCAUCAAGACUUCUGAAAACUGUUUGCUCAAACUCUCCAGCACCACCAGCAGCCCCAAACACACCAGCAACGGUGACAGCAGGAAGACGGUGCUGCUCAAGUCCAACGAGUGCUCCCCCGAGGUGAUCAGCUUCCUGGCCAACAAGGCCUGCCAGUGUUACGUGGCGCUCUGCGACUGGGCCUCUGUGAAGGAGUGGCAGGCCACAGCAAACGCCCUCAAGCAGAGCUCCACCAAUCCCGUCAACAUCAGCCUGAGGACCGACCUCAACUACAUCCAGGCCCUGAGCCGCUUCGAAGAGGGCGACAUGGCGGAAUGUGGCGCCCAGCUGGAGCUGCUGCCAGGAGAGGACUACAGCUCUCUGUCCAGCUCCAAAGACAAGCUCGAUCUGAAGAAGCUUCUGCCUUCCAUGAGUCCAGAUUCAACCGAGCUCCAGCGAGCCAUUGAGGUGCAGCUUCUUCGCAGUGCUGUCAGUGCCUUGACAAAAGCCAACGAGCAGCAGGAGCAGAGGACUACACCCAAUCCAGAUACGUUUGUGCGUUGCCUGAAACAGACAGGACGGAUCUGUUUGGGCCCUCUUCGUCUGUCCACCCUCACUCUUUCCGACGCCCUGCCCACGCUGCCCACCCUGCAGCUCCACUGCGCCGCUACCCUGGAGAACACCCUUUCAGGUCAAGAUGACUGUGUGAUUCCUCUGAGCAGCGAGGCUCUUAAUUCCUGUAAGCAACAGGAUGUUCAGCUUUUCCUCCAAGCGCUCAGAUAUUCCACAUUCCAAAGGGAGCUCCUCCACAAACUGAAAGGUUACUCGUCCUCCAUCGACGGCCACAUGACGGAGCUUUGUUUGACCGCUGUCAAAUUCGCCCGCAAAAAGGGCAACAUCGCCCUGGCGUCCCGCCUCCUCAGCCAGUGCAGCGACACCAAGCAAGAGGAGAAGCAGGACGACGACCCGAUCCAGGCCUUCAGGCGUCUCAGUCUGGAGGGAACUCUGGGGGAGAAAUGGGGACCAGAAGUUCAAAUAGAAAAAGCCAAAGUUCUGAGAACAGCAGGCCAGUCGUUGACAGCCAUGGAGAUGCUGAGCAGGGCCGCCCUGUCCUACUGCCACGUGGGGAAGAAUGAAGGCGCCGCCUGCCGCUCUCUGCUGACGCUCUGCAAAUGGCUGCUGGCCGACUGGAAGGACAUGACCCCUCAGCUUAAGCAGGUGGUAAAGAAGUCAGGAGCCGUAAACUCUUGUACUCUGGGCAACAUGUCUCCGCUCAGCGUGAACAUCGCUGCUUUGCUGGAGCUUCCCCUGGAGGAUCAGGGAAUUCCUCUCAUCACACCGGAGACUUCAGUGAAUGUGGGCGUGGGAGAGCCAGACUUCGUGUUGGGGCAGCUCUACCAGCUCUCGACCAGCCUGGCUCCGGAGGUGGCAAAGUCCUGGGCGGCCCUGGCCAGCUGGGCGUACCGCUGGGGCAGGAAGGUGGUGGACAAUGCCAGUCAAGGGGAGGGUUUGCCCCUCCUCCCAGGAGAAAAGAAAGACAUAGAAGAUCUGCUGCCAGCAUCCACCAGUGACGAAGACAAGGACACCAUCUUCAGCAUUCUUGGACAGGCCAUGUGUCGUCCAACUGGUAUUCAGGAUGAGGACAUGGCCCUACAGCAGGAGGACGAGGAGGACGACAUGGUGGACGUCAUCUGGCGGCAGCUCACCGGCUCCUGCCCCUGGCUGGGGGAGGCGGGCCAGGCGGUCACCGACGGCCUGAUCCGGGUCUGGAGGCGGGUCGUGGACCGCAUCUUCGGUUUAUACCGCGUCUCCUGCCACGCCUACUUCACCUUCCUCAAACUGAAUGCAGGACAGGUUCCUGUGGAUGAAGAUGAUCCUAAACUCCUGCUGUCCUGCCACAACAGCAAACAGAGCAGUGACGAUGUCAUCGUCAUGGCGACCCUCCGUCUCCUGCGGCUGCUGGUGAAGCAUGCUGGUGAACUCAGGGAGGGGCUUGAGCUGGGGAUAGCUUCUACCCCCACCGCGCCCUGGAGGGGUAUCAUCCCCCAGCUCUUUUCACGUCUCAACCAUCCAGAGGCGUACAUUCGGCAGAGCAUCUGCAGCCUGCUGUGUCGGGUGGCCCAGGACUCCCCCCAUCUCAUCCUCUACCCUGCCAUCGUAGGAUCACUGUCCCUUGGAGGGGAGGCUCAGAAUGCAGGGAGCAAACUCCCACCUGCCCUGCCCAGUUUCUUGGGCAGCAUGCAGGGAGAGGACAUGGGCGGGGAAGAGGAGGAGCAGCUGGAAGCGGCUGAACCAGGAGGACCCCAAGACGAGCUGGCGCCCUGCUCCAGUCAAGACCAGGCCAUGAUGCAGGACUGCUACAGCAAGAUCGUGGAGAAGCUGGCGGCGGCCAACCCCACCAUGGUGCUCCAGGUCCAGCAGCUGGUGGGGGAGCUGCGCAGAGUGACUCUGCUCUGGGACGAGCUCUGGCUGGGCGUGCUGCAGCAGCAGCACAUGCACGUGCUGCGCAGGAUCCAGCAGCUGGAGGACGAGGUCAAGAGGGUGCAGAACAACAACACCUUACGCAGGGACGAGAAGAUCGCCAUCAUGCGCGAGAAGCACUCGGCGUUGAUGCGCCCGGUGGUUUUUGCCCUGGAUCACGUGUGCAGCAUCACAUCGGCGCCAGCAGAGACCCCCCACGAGACCUGGUUCCAGCAGACCUACGGCGACGCCAUCACCUCGGCCCUGGAACGCCUUAAAAGCCCCGCUAACCCCGCCAACCCCGCCAGCAGCUGGCUGCCCUUCAAACAGAUCAUGAUGAACCUGCAGCAGCGGGCUCAGAAGCGAGCCAGCUACCUGCUUCACUUGGACGAGAUCAGCCCUCGACUGGUAUCCAUGACGGAAACGGAGAUGGCUCUGCCCGGCGAGGCCUCGGCGUCAGACGCCGUCACUAUUCAGAGUGUAGGCAACACCAUCACCAUCCUGCCCACCAAGACCAAGCCCAAGAAGCUGUUCUUCCUGGGCUCCGAUGGCAGGAACUACCCGUAUCUUUUUAAAGGUCUGGAGGAUUUGCAUCUGGAUGAGCGCAUCAUGCAGUUCUUGACCAUCGUCAACACCAUGUUUACCAAGAUCAACCAGCAGGAGCAGCCGCGCUUCCACGCCCGCCACUACUCGGUCACGCCCCUGGGCACGCGCUCGGGCCUGAUCCAGUGGGUGGACGGCGCCACCCCCCUGUUCGGCCUCUACAAGCGCUGGCAGCAGAGGGAGGCGGUGCUGCAGGCCCAGAAAAAUCAGGACUCGUACCCGCAGCAGCCCGUGCCCCCGGUGCCCCGCCCCAGCGAGCUGUACUACAGCCGAAUCGGGCCGGCUCUGAAGGCAGUGGGGCUGAGUCUGGACGUGACCAGGCGAGACUGGCCGCUCGGCGUCAUGAAGGAGGUGCUCAAAGAGCUGAUGGAGGCCACGCCCUCCAACUUGCUCGCCAAAGAGCUCUGGUGCUCGUGCACAACACCCAGCGAGUGGUGGAGAGUCACACAGUCCUACGCCAGGUCCACCGCCGUCAUGUCCAUGGUGGGAUACAUCAUCGGCCUGGGCGACCGCCACCUGGACAACGUGCUGAUCGACAUGACCACCGGCGAGGUGGUGCACAUCGACUACAACGUGUGCUUUGAGAAAGGGAAGAGCCUGCGCGUGCCAGAGAAGGUUCCAUUCAGGAUGACCCACAACAUUGAGACGGCUUUGGGAGUCACUGGAGUGGAAGGUAUCUUCAGGCUGUCCUGUGAACAGGUCGUUCAAAUAAUGCGCCGGGGCCGAGAGACCCUGCUCACCCUACUGGAGGCCUUCGUUUACGACCCCCUGGUGGACUGGACUGCCGGAGGGGAGGUGGGCUUUGCCGGCGCCGUGUACGGAGGCGGCGGCCAACAGGCUGACAACAAGAAGAGCAAGAGGGAGAUGGAGAGGGACAUCACGCGCUCCCUGUUCUCCUCCAGGGUGGCCGAGAUCAAGGUGAACUGGUUCAAGAACCGCGACGAAAUGCUGGCCGUGCUGCCCCAAAUGGAAGAGGCCGUGGAGGAGUAUUUGGUCCUGCAGGAGCUGCUUUGCCAGGGGGAGAAACUCCAAGCCCAGCUGCAGGAGGAGGUGGCUUUCCUGGAGGGGGCAGAGAAUCGCCCAGAUCACGUCAUCGUCACGCUGGAGCAAAGAUACUCUGAGCACACGCAGCUGCAGUCGCAGCAGAGGACCGUGCAGGAGGCCAUUCGCGGCAAGCUGGCCGAUCUGGACCAGUGGAUCUCCCAGUACCAGGCAGCAUUCUCCAGCCUGGAGGCCACGCAGCUGGCCAGCCUGCUGCAGGACAUAAGCAGCCCCAUAGAUCUGGGUCCUCCAAGCUACGUACCAGCCACUGCCUUCCUGCAGAAUGCGGGUCAGGCCCACCUGAUCAGCCAGUGCGAGAACCUGGAGGCGGAGAUGAGCUCCCUGCUGCAGCAGCGCCGCGCCGCUCUGCGCGGCUGCCUGGAGCAGCUGCACAGCUACGCCACCGUGGCCCUGCUAUACCCCAGGGCCACCCUGAUGUUCCACAGAGUUCACCAGUGGAAGACCUGGUUGGAGGAACUGCUGCGGGACAUGACGGUGGAGAACUGCCAGCACAUCUACAGACGAUACGAAGUCCUGUUCACCCCCCAGCCCCCCGCGGCCUCCUGCCAGUUCCUGUCCAGCGUGGAGUUGACUCUGCAGCACCAGGUGGCUGAGGCAAACGAGCGCACGCUGCACCAGGCGGAGCGGCUGAAGGCCGAGGGCACCACGGCGGCGGCCUGUGAGGAGCAGCUGCAGGAGAUCGAGCGCUGCAUCACAGUCUUCCUCAGGGAGAACGCCGAAGCGGGAUCCCUGAGCCUGGCGGCCAUCAUCACCUCUGCCCUCUGCACGCUCUGCAGACGCAACCUGGUGAUGGAGGCGGCAGCCGCCAGCGCAGGGGAGCAGCUGGUGGACCUGACGUCUCGAGACGGGGCCUGGUUUUUGGAGGAGCUCUGCAGCAUGCUGGGAAACGUCAGCGCUCUGGCCACUCUGCAGCAGCGCUGCCCUCUCCUGCCUCAUGACCUGGACCUCCCUGCCCCCUCAGCUACCACUCAGGCCAUAUAUUUGGCCAAUGCUGUGUACACCUGCUUGCAGGAGCUGAACACCAACUUCCGGCAGAUCAUCUUUCCCGAGGCUCUUCGGUGCAUGAUUAAAGGAGAGCCCACUCUGGAAUCCAUGUUGGCGGAGCUGGAGCAGCUAGUGGAGCACAGCUCCGACGGCCUCGGCCUGCAAGGCUUGGUCGACGGUCUGCAAGCCGCCGCAGGACUGGACCACGACGGGCACAGCCACUGCCUUCACAUCACCAGGAUGCUGCGGGCCCAGUACUCUGAGCUGAUCCAGCCCCGCAGUAUGGACGCCCAGAGCCAGGAGACACCCAAAAUGUCAGCUGGGCAGAUGCUACUAGUUGCAUUUGAUGGGAUGUUCACCCAACUGGAGACUGCCUUUGGGCAACUUACAGAAAAGCUGAGCACGUUGGAGGUGCCAUCGGCCUGGAGGAAGGUGGACCUCCUUAGGGAGGCUCGAGUCACGCAGCUGAACUUCUUUGGCAACCCGAGUCAGCGUCAGCUCAUGGAGGAGGUGUUCUUCCUCAAGAGACUCCAGACCAUCAGGGAUUUCUUCAGACUACCGAACCACCCUGCACUAGCGUGUUGUAUCAUCUCAGCCGAGGACUUGCUGCCUGCCAAUGGGCCGGUGGGCUUGGGGAAGCCGCUGUACCGCCGGCCCAGCGCCAGCGGCCCGGGCGCGGCCGUGAUCAGCGAGGAGCAGAUGACCCGGCCCAUCAAGGCUUUCACGGCCGAGUUUGUGCGGCAGAUGCUGAUGGGCCUGCCCAGCCAAGCCCUCGGCCUGGCCCUCUGCAGCACCCUGUCGGCCCUCGGCCUGGACGUCGUGGCCCAGGUGGAAGCCAAAGACUUUGGGGCGGAAAGCAAGCGUCAUAAUGUUAACCAUCAUACCAGGUUAGCGUCUAUCUGUCCAUAUGCGGUCAGUUCUCUAAAGCAAGUGGUUCUGCAGGUCCCUCUGGACGAGCUCUGUAAGAAAGCAAUGGAGCAGAGCUUGGCCUCGGGCCGGGUCUCCCAGCUGCUGCUGAACCGAGCCACGGUGCUGGCCUCCUCCUACGACGCAGCCUGGAAGAAGGUGGAUCUGCUGAGGAGGCUGGACAUCAACCUGGAUGCGGCCAAGGCUAGUCUGCAGAGGAGCCAGCUGCACAUCGCCAUGUUCCAGGUAGCCACGGACUGGCAGCACGAGGACGUUAUCGGCCCCAGUAAUCAGCCGCUAAGUGUCAGCGUGCCUCCACGCUCUGUGAUCCUCAGCAACAUGAAGAAGAAAGUGUACAAGCUGAGUCAGGACGAGGGACCUAUUGUUGCUAUUCAGGAGAAGCUAGCGUCUCUGGAGGCUAGCAUCGAGCAGCGUCUGAAGUGGGCCGGGGGCGCCAACCCAGCACUGGCGCCGGUCCUGCAGGACUUUGAGAUGACCAUCAGAGAGAGACGCUCCACGGUGGCUCGAGACAACCAGCGCACCAACCAGGUCACCUUCUUGUGCUCCACCAUCCUUAAUUUCGAGAGCCUUCGCACCCGUUCUCCCGAGGCUCUGAGCAUGGACGCAGCACUGUUUGAGCUGCUGAAGCGCUGCCAGCAGACCUGCUCCUACGCCGCCCAGUUCAGCAGCACCGUGUCCCCGCUGGAGCUCCAGCUCCUGCAUCGACUGGGGCCGCUGCCAGACCUGCCGAUCGGCAGUCCCGAGUGGCUGAGCUGUGCCCAGAGGCAGCUGGAGGAAGAGCUGAGCGUGGAGCGGCGGGCGCAGGAGGAGCGGGAGCAGCAGCUGGAGUCCUGCGGAGAGACGCUGCAGCUGCUGGUCGACUCCAUCAAAACCAUUCUGUCCAACCACAACCGCCAGCUGGCCGACGUCAAGCACCUCCUGAGAGCCAUGGCCAAGGUACACAGCAUGUUACGCAUGCCGAAAAGAGGCUCUCCCUUCUGUGAACCAAAGAAAUUCAGGUUCACAGAGCUCUGGGUCACCUUCCUCUCCCCGAUCAACAGCAAAGUCGCUACAGACGAGGAGGCGGCGCUGGCGGACGGGGAGGAGAUGGCCUACGAGGGCAGCGUGCGCCACUUCCUGCAGGAGUACAAAGCCUGGCAGGACAACAUCCAGCUGGUGCUGUUCACCGUGGUCCAGGCCAGCGGGCAGCACCGCAGCCAGGAGCAGCUGGACCUGCUGGAGGAGAUCCCCGCCACCCUGAAGGAGCUGCUCUCCCAGAGCCAGAGGUGGGCCCCAGCUUUCCUCCCUCUCAUCCACCCCCCCCCAGAGAACCUUCCGCUGAUCGUCUACAAUGGUCUAGUGGGCUUUGCCUCCCCGCUUGUGACCGACAGAGACAGCGAGUGCGUCAGUCCUGUUUCCUCAGCUCAGACCAGCUUUGCAGCAGCUGUCAGAUGUAGCGGAGUGAAGACCCAGCCAGACUCCAUGUCUCAAAAUGCUCGCAAAGCCCUGCCUCGCAACCUGGGAACCCCCACGGACACCCCUCCCAGCACUCUACUGACCAACAGCAAGGGUCUAAACCCCAGUCCCAAGAGGGCCGUACGGGACCCCAAAACAGGACGAGCCGUCCAAGAGAGGAACUCGUACGCGGUCAGCGUGUGGAAGAGAGUGAAAGCCAAGCUGGAGGGCCGAGACAUCGAUCCCAACAGGAGGAUGAGUGUCACAGAGCAGGUAACCAGCAGCAGCCACCGGCUGGCCAAAAAUAAUGUUGACUUUGUCAUCAAAGAGGCCACCAACAUGGACAACCUGGCCCAGCUGUACGAGGGCUGGACCGCCUGGGAAGGCUUGGAGAUCCGCCAGAGUCCAGCAGGACUCGGGGUGUCGGCACAGCAGCACCGGGCCACCCGCAAGGGGGAGGAAAGGGGACGCGGACGCUUGGUCCGCCCUCCCCAACUCCUGGGGCAUGCAAACUGGGGGCAGCACACCUCGUAG